AUGUCGCGACCCGGGGGUGCCGACGACGUCACCGCCGGCGAGGUGUACGCCAACGGCAUCGCGCUCGACGUCGUGCGAGGAUGGCUAGGCGCCACCGCGUCGGAUCUCGACUGGGACACGUUCAACGACGCGGACGAUGUCGACGCGACGCGGCCGAGGCCCGAGCGGCUGGGAUUGGGCGCGAAGUUUCUCAGCCACGCCAGGGCGACGUCGCUGGGGGGCGUAUCGCGGAAGCUGGGGGGCGCCAUCGCGAGGUCCGCGAAGCGACGGCGAACGGACGCAGACGGGACGGACAGCGAAUCGGAGGAUGUUUCGCGGAAGGGCGCUGGGUCGCGCGGCGCGGGCGGCGGGAAGAAGACCGGGGCGCCGACGACGACCGAGGCGAUGAUGAUCGGUUCCGGGACCCGGAGCGACCACGCCCGCGACGCCAGCGACGACAGCGACAGCGACGAGGGCGGACGCGCCGCGGCGUUCACCAAGCGUCCCGCUAAGAAGCAACGCGCGCCGGCGUGGGAUCCGACGAAGGACGUCAAGUGCGUGGGCAACGCGCCGGGCGCGGGCGCGAGCAAAAAGGCGAGGCGCAAAGCAGCGAAGCGAGCGAGGGAGGCGGAAGCCGCGGCGGCGCGGGGAGGCAGGUCGGUGGCGUGA